AUGGUUGGUAUGAAGAAGGAAAAUUCAGUGGUGCAAUCAAACAAUCCAGCCGAUCCAUUCGAAAAUCCGAAGCCUUCAUCGUCUAAUCCUGGCUCUAAUACGUCGUAUUCAUCCUGUUCACCACCGGAACCAUUGUAUCGCAUC